AUGGAACCAGGAAGACCACUCGCCCCGUGGGAACCGCUCACUAAUUGGUAUGAUACCAAAUUAGAAGAUAUUCUACCCCAUCAUGGAUUCGUCUUCAAAGAAGGCCACAAGAUCUUCAAAACCAAGCAAGACUGGGUUCGAGUCAAAUGGGCCAUCGAAGCACCCGCACCUACCCUCGAAGAGGAAAAGGUCGACGCCGUACUAGCCGGUAUCAUGGACGACGCGAACAUCAUUUCCAAUAACUUUCAGCAAACUUAUUCUGCUUCAAUCGACUACAGCCACUUCCCUACGGAUGCCAUUAUUGAAUCAGCGCGUAAAGAGCACGGCUGGACUGAAAUUGUACCUGAUGGUCGGUUCCCCCUUCUCAUGAAGAAAUUGAUUCGCGCACGCACUCUUUACAACCGAAUCACCUGGAUUCUGGGCCGUUCCGAGGCCGAUAAGACCGUUUUACGCGCAACUACCUCAAUCUCAAGAAGUUACAUGAUCAGCCGAAUGGUUGAGGGAAAAGGCGCAGAUUGGAAUUUCUUCAAGGGCGACAACCCAGACUAUGAGUUCACAAAUAACCCUAUCGGUUAUGGCACAAGUAACUACAAGAAGAAGAAAGAAUACAAUAAUACACUGAGCGACGAAGACGCGCCCUGGGUGCACACUAAUUACGCGUCUAACCCCGAGUACACGGUAGAGUCAAUAGAAGACGAGGACGACGAGAAUGCGCCAUGGAUUCCUUGGUCCCAAACAAUGCGAGCGCGGCAGUUGAUACAUGAACCUACGGAGGAGGGGCAAUUGUUAUCAUACCAUUCCUAA